AUGUAUAACAUCACUUGUUCGACGGGUAUGAUAACAUUCCAUUCGAGAAUCGGUCAUUCUUUCCUCUUCGAAUCUAUAAAUAAUGAAUGCCCUGAGGGUUACUAUAGGGAAUCUUCCCAUUUAACAGUCAAUGAUUUGUGUUGUCCGAUUCCCUAUUCUUCGCAGCUCUAUCUCGCAAAGAAUAUAACUCCAAUAGGUUGGCCAAGUUUCACCAAAUGUAAGGAAAAUAGUGAUUGCAAAGGCGGAUUCUGUGAUGACGUUGUGAAUCCGUCAUUUCAAAAUGUAAAUUAUGUGUUCGCCAUUGACAACGUCGAUCGCAGUUUCUUCACAACAUCGUUAAAGUUCUGCUUCGAAAUUCCUAAUGAAAUUAAAGGCACACUCGAUAUACAGCUUAAUCCUGAUAGCGGUUUGAAACUGUGUAGCUCAUCACGAGAUUGCAAUGACAAAACCGAAUUCUGCCAUGAGCCAUUCCUGGCCGAUUUUCGAGAAAUUGAUGAAGUGUUUAUUAAUCUUCGCAAAGGUGUUUGUGCGAAAAAACGCGAUUUGUGCAAACCUUCGCAAGGCGGAAUUGUUGGUCCUUUCGGACAGCUGACUGCUGGCUACACAUUCUGCGACACCGAUGCUGAUUGUGUAAGCGACGGACGCGAUCCGAAUUUGGCGAAACAUAAUGCAGUGUAUGCUCAGUCUUAUUAG